AUGUCCUCUCCUCCCCACUCCCCGCCUCACCCCCCAACCUCCGCCUCGCAAACCUACAAAUCCCUCCACACAACCUCCCUCGCCUUCAUCUCCGCCCAAUCCUUCAACCCCACCCUCCCCGUCUCCGCCGCCCCACCCUUACAAGGCACUUUUUCCUUCGACGCCUUCGCCGCGCACCUAGGCGCCAUGGUGCCGCGGAUGGAAUCUUGGGAGUUGAGGGUAGCGGAUGUGCUGGUUGAUGAGGUGCUGAUGAGAUGCGUUGUGCGCGUUAGUUAUUUUAUGAGGGUUAAAGGGGUGGACGAGGGGGAUGUGGUGGAGAAUGAUGUUUUGUGGAUGCUGGGAUUUGAGAAGGAGGCCGAGGGCGAGGGGGUCAAAGUUUGUACGAGUGUCGAGUUUGUGGAUGGGGUUGCGGCGGGGAGGUUGAGGGAGUUGAUGGGGAGGUGA